GACAGUACAGAAAAGAAUUUCUUUGCAUCUACAGUACUAUAAAGCACCCAAAAGGGCAAAACAAUUUUUUUUAAACAAAAGUGUAAAAAUUAAGUUUUCUGAAAAAAGAUUUAUAAAAAACGUAAAUCAAAUUCAAAUCAAUCAACCACAACUGGAAAUUUUCCCUUAAUUUUACCGCCAUGUCAAUGAGAAGACGAACGUUGCUCAAGGUCAUUGUUCUCGGCGACAGCGGGGUGGGCAAGACGUCUUUGAUGAAUCAAUAUGUUCAUAAGAAGUUCAGUCAGCAAUAUAAAGCAACCAUUGGUGCUGAUUUUGUCACUAAGGAACUCCAGAUUGACGAUCGCCUUGUCACUCUGCAAAUAUGGGAUACCGCAGGACAGGAGCGGUUUCAGAGUCUUGGUGUCGCUUUCUAUAGGGGUGCAGAUUGCUGUGUGCUAGUUUACGAUGUUAAUGUUAUGAAAUCAUUCGAUACCCUUGAUAAUUGGCAUGACGAGUUUCUUAAACAGGCAAAUCCAGCUGAUCCCAGGACAUUUCCUUUUAUAUUGCUUGGGAACAAAAUAGAUAUAGAUGGUGGUAAUAGCCGAGUGGUCUCAGAGAAGAAAGCAAAAGACUGGUGUGCAUCAAAAGGAAACAUGCCUUACUUUGAAACAUCAGCAAAAGAAGAUAUCAAUGUUGACGCUGCAUUCCUUUGUAUUGCCAAAACUGCUCUAGCUAAUGAGCGCGAGCAGGACAUAUAUUUCCAGGGCAUACCAGAGGCUGUGACCGAAACCGAGCAAAGAGGCGGUUGUGCAUGUUGAUUACAAGCCAAACUCUUUUUAUUUCUUGGUUGUUUGAUGCGUCUAUUUAUUUUGGUGCCAGUGAUUCUUAUCCAAUUUUUUUGAAUACAAUGUAUUCUAAAUUCCCUUGAUUGAAAGCAGAAUUUGCCACUAGCCUUUUAUUUUGGUAGGAAGGAACUUUAAGAAUUGAAAUCUGUAGAAUUGCAGUUGCAGGUGAGUUUGAUUUUAGUUUUACAUUUUAAGGAUUGAUUGAACUUAAAAGAAUUGCAAUGUUGGUGGGAGAUGCUUUGAAUAUAAAAUUUGUGGAUUGUCUUAA